AUGAGUUCCCAAACAUUGUUUGAUCCUUUGAAUUGGGCAGCUUCUUUAUUGAUGACUAUGAACGGAAUAUUCGGAAUAGUUUGCAAUGGCAUUAUAGUUCACAGUUUCGUUUCAUCACCUCUAGAAAGAACCUCGUUCAAUCUGAUAUGCGCAUAUCGGGCGGUCUUGAACUGUGUUAUUCUUUCAUGGGGAUUUAUUGGAACCUUUGUUCCACUCGCUAUCUUCGGUGAUACUCUCUUCCCUCCAGUCUAUCAUUUGAUUGUUAUCACUUGUGUGAACAGUCUUUAUGUCGGGUUACAGUACUGCGGAUUCCUGGUUGCUAUCAAUAGGUUCUGUGCAAUGUACUUUCCUAUAAUGUAUUCUACUCUGUUCAGUCUCAAGUUGACAAUUGUAUUCACAUUUGCCAUUUUCUGUUAUAGAAUUUCCAGAAUAGUAGUGGAACUUCUUCAAUCUAUUCCGAAGGAAUGUUUCUCGGUAUACUCUUCCGUUGAUCUCAAUUGGUCCCCAUAUUUAAAUCCAGAAUGUCGUGAGAAAUACGCGAAUGUUGUGGAUGCAACAGCUAUACUUUUGGUUGUUUUAAUUUUACUCAAUAUUGCAACUUUUGUGAAAAUAUACUUGUUUUACAAGUCAACAGAACUAGGUUCCCGGGAUAUAAAAGAGAAAAUGAAGAGGAACAAAAUAAUGUUCACACAAACUAUUCUCCAGGAUUUGACUUAUUUGAUUGAUAUGCUUUUCACUUUCAAACUCGGUGGCAUAUUCACGUCCCGAGUAUGGACAUUUAUAAGUGGCAGUUUCAUUUGGGAAAGUGUACAUUCUUUUGAUGGUUUGAUCAUGAUAAUGUUCAACGAAAGGCUAACCUUCCUGAAGAGAAGUUUCUUUUCAUCAACAGCCAACCCUUCAGCUGCCAUUCAAAUGACAAAAACAGUUCCAAGUCGGAGCUACCCUGCUCCAAUCGACUAA